CUCACAGCAAUAUAACCACGUACUCUUAGUCAAGAACAAGAACCCUACUAGCUUUUUCCAAAAGCCCCGCUACUUCGGCUCUUGUCGUUUCGAAGUAAGACCUCAAGCUCACUCUCACUCUCACACUCACAAGAAUACAAAGAGUAACAAUAUCACGUAAGUAAAGUACUAAGUAACAAGUAGAAGCAUCAUCUCGUCCUACGGCUAGUAUAUUACCUUAGCACUUCUCAUUCACCUCGAAAAUGAACGCUCGUCGGUCCUCUGCUGGGUCCUUGUUCUCCGGCGGAACAGCUACGGCUACACUCCUGUUACUGGGCACGACUACAGUCCUCCUCGGCCACCAGGUGCACGCCGCUACGCCGGUCCAUGGAGGUGUAGUUGGCGUUCCUAGUCCGGAUGUUGGAUCUGAGCAUGACGGUGACAUGCAUAUUGGCAACUACAUGAGUACCACAGGAGUAGACCAGGAGCGCAAAGACGAACAGCAUGCGGAGAUCAACAUGUCGGUCGAGCCUGGUCGUGAACAAGAGCAAGACAAAGAGCACCAUUCUCCUAUCGGUGCCAACGUGCUUCGGUCCGCAUCGACUGUGAUUUCCAAUACUAUCGGAAACUUGGCAAACCGCGGACCGAGUGCGGUUUCCAACACCAUUGGGAACUUGGCAAACCGCUUUCGCCGCAAGAGGAAGGCGGGAGAAGCUGGGCUAGUUUUCGGUGGACCAGAUGUCGUUGAUGGCCAACAAGAGCAGAAAGUUGCUGAAAAUUCUGCAUCAGCAACUGGUGAGCCACGCAGCUCCUCGACCACGUCCGCCCCCACCUCUCCUGACAGAGAGAGCCAGAGCGCGCCUUCCCCUGUCGCAGAUCCUGAAUAUCAUCCCCGCGUGGUUGGAGAUCUUCUAGAUGAUGAUCUUCCUGAUGCUGAUCAGGAGAAGUCGAUGAUGAAGGACCAGGAUGCUGACGUAGUUCUUGACGCUGCCGACGUUGUUCUUCAUGCUGGAGACGUUCUUGAGGGGCCACUGGCCGAUCAUCGCCCCGAUAGUCAAGAAGAAGCUCCCGUUGUAGCAGCAAGAACGCCCACCCAUUCGCCGGUCGAAGAUGAGCAGAUGACCGAACAAACGUCGCCCCUGGACGACGACGAGGUAGAGCGCAGGGUGAAGCGGCAGCGAACGGACGAGGGCGUUUUCGCUACAACAGCUUCCGCCGCACCUGCUAGCCCUUCGCCUUCGUCCUCCUCUUCCGCUUCCGGUCCGCCUGCUGCGGCCUUCAGCACGGAAGAGGAGAAAAAGGUGGAUGAGGCGGUGCGCAUAUUGGUUGAGAAGAACUUCUCGCCCGCCCAGAUUGCUAAGCUCAUUGUUCACAAGGCCGUGCUAAUGGCUGACAAUAUUGCCACUGCCAGUGAUGUUGAAAUUGAAGUAAAUAGUCUAACAUCCGCAGCUGCAGGCCCUCACGUGGUCGACGCGGAUGUGCCCGUCGUCGAGCAUGGUGAACAGCUGCCGGCCACUGAAAUUAUUCCUGAAGUAGAACAAGACACGCCGUUGGUGACCACCUCCCCCGCUGGUGAAGUGCAAGACGCUCCUCCCGCAGCGACCCACGGGACCACGACUGAGGAAAGCAUGGAAGUAGAAAUGGUGGACCGAGAGGAGCAUCAAGAGCCGGCGCAUCUGGAACAGGUCGACAUGGAGGGAAAACAAAAUGCACAAGACCAAGCGACGUUGGAACAGGCCGAGGUGGUGGAAAAAACUACCGUGCCCGGCACCAGUCUUGUUCCAGAUGAGCAUCAAGAAGUUGCGGCGGCAGCUAGCUCCGGUUCGACGGGACAAGUUUCUAGUGAAGAAGUUGAACAACAAACUGGUGGCUCCUUCUUUGCGCCGGUGAGAAGUUCUACGCAGCGGGCGGGAAAGAGGUGGGGACCCUUUUCCUCCUGGUUCUAGAGAAGAGAUGACGGACGAAGGGAAGAAAAAAGAGAAGCACGUCGUGGCCGUGCGCCAAGCGACUUGACUCAAUUAGGAGGCCUGGUGGUCCAUGUUGUAUGAUUGUUCUGUACACAUGAUAGUACUUACCGAAUCCAAUACUAGUUAGUAGCACAGCAAGUACCACAACCACCAGAACGCAGUCACUCAGAAGUGUUGGUGUAGUUGCCGUCAUCUUUUGGCGCAGAGAUGCUGACAUGGUCAUAGUACAAAGCUGCUACAGAAGUAAAGUUAGAGAAGUUUACUCACUCGAGCAUACGAGCAGUUUCAAGUGCAUAAGGGUUUAUGCCUUUCAAGUCUGAAACUGUAACAAGCAAGGUGAAUUUAUUCCUGUAUGAUAAUUAUCAUGAAGAUUGUGGUAGGAGCGAGCAAGAAACUAUACUUACACCUUCGAUGCUCCUUGGUGGAAAAUGUGAAUGUAAGUAUCGAAUUGCGAUUUUCGUGCUGCAGAAACGCUGGAAGAUGACCUAUUUGCUGUUCACUCCUCUUGCAACAUGUUCUCCGUGUCAGAGGAAGAUCCAGUGACGUC